UUAACUAUGGAAUUAAUUGAUCAGUUAACAAUUUAUUAUGGCUUGGCCAUUCGACGGAAAUUCAAAACUCGUUAGAAAAUAUGAGAAAUGAAAUCUGGGCGACAUUAUUUCAUAAAAUGUCAACUGACGAAAAUCUACAGCACGAAAAAUGCUCAGAGUCUUGGUGCGAAUGGAAGAAGGCGCAAGCAACGGGUUCCUUAGACUCCUUUCAUCAUAAACCGGCACUAUCAAACAAAGUUUUUGAAGCCAUCAGACCAAUCUACGAGGAUUUGAGCCGUGACGAGUGGCUGAAUCGUUGCUUGGGAGGCUAUACGCAGAACAGCAACGAAAGUUUUAAUUCUACAGUCUGGCACUUGGCUCCUAAAAAUUAUUCAAGCGGAAAGAAAAUAUUACAAAUAGCAAGUGACAUUGCUGUUUGUAAUUUUAAUGAUGGACUGAUAAACGUUUUAAGAAUAAUGAAAGUGAUGGACAUGAACAUUGGACCACAAUCCUACAACUUUUGUUUAGAGAUAGACGCUGCUCGAAUACAAUGCGCGGAGCGCUCUUUGACGGACGCAGCGAAACAGGCUCGCUCCAGCAUAAAAGCGUCCAAGAAAAAAAACGAGGAGGAGUUUAGCAACCUGGAAGGUCAGCUUUACGGUGCUGGAAUAGCAGAUUAAAGGUAAAAAAUUUUUAAUAAUUAAAUUUUUUAUUUUAUCAUGUUCGAAACACGAGUCAAAACUUUAAACGC